AAGAUUUCUCGUUUCUCGGGGAUCUUCAUGGGAAACAAUCGCUAAUAAGUAUUUGAAACGAUAGAUGAAACAAAUUUGUCCAUAAUUUAAAAGAAAAUGCAUAAAAGUACGCAGUCUAUUGAUAAGUUUAUGACUCAAACUUUACGACUAAAAGACGAUAACGAGGAGCGACGAAGAGUUUCUCGAAAAAUAAUAACCUCCGACUUUUGCACAGCUUUCGACACAGCAACAUACAUUGCUCGUCGUCGUGGAUCGGCGAUCGAACAAAAAUCGAGGAAUUUUGAAACAUGGAUCUUUGUCGGAAAAAUGUAUUCACGUCACCAUCAGAAUUGACAGAAAAAACAUGUUUUUUUAGAAAUGUAAAAAAUAAAACUUUUCCUGUCGGAGCAACGGAUAAUCCGUUCGUCAAUGUGAAAAAUUGUUUCCAACAAAUACUUUUUGGCAUUGAAUACUGUUCGACGAAUAAUUCUCGAAUAUAAAAAUUUAAUUUUUUUAAUUAAAUUAUGGAACUUUUAUUAUUUUAAAAUAUCACUGCGAAAGUAUUGCCAAAUGUAUUGCCAAAUGUAACGCUCCUUUCUAUUAAAAUUUUCUAUUUUAUUUUAUAUAAAAUAUUUAAUAUAAAAUACACAUAUAAAUUAUGAAAUAUUUAAUAUGAAAUAUGAAAUAUUUCAUAUAAAAUACAUAUAUAAAUUUUUUCAGAAACGAAAAGAGCCUGUUGAUUUCGAUCGCUGGCCAUUCAAGCUUCUGUUUCAUUGACACUGAAAGAGAAAAAUAGAAAAAAAAAAAAAAAAAAAAAAAAAAAGAAAAAAACGCUUGAUCGUUGUGAACCUCGAGUUCAGUCAGUAAGCGAGAACAACCAUAACAGAAGAAUUAACAUUUUAGUAAAUAAAUACUAAGUCCUUAUCGCGGCUCGCUUCGUUAUCAAGGUUUGUUGUCUGCGACUUUUUUUUAGAAAAUCUCUGUGGAAGAAAGAAAGGAAGCAUUUUAUCGAUAUCCUUCGUGCGCGAUCGAGUGAGUCAACUUAUCUUUUAAUCAAAUCUCUCUCUCUCUCUCUCUCUCUCUCUCUCUCUUACACGUAUAAAUAAUUUUAAAGUGACAGAUCGCAGUAGCUGAGCAAAGUGUAGAAACUUUUUCUAACUAUCGUACAAAACUAUACAAAAGAUUUUGUUUGACCAUUUCUGGUAAAUAUUCAAACAAAUUUAAAGAUGUACGAGAUAUUUAUUACUUCAUACAGAUCAUAAAAUUACAUCAAAUUUAAUGUUAAUUGAAUUGAUCGAUUAAUUCAAAUAAUUAGAAAGUAAAGGCUUAUUAUUCUCAUUUGCUUGCUAAUUUGUUGAACUUGUUCCAAGUGUCCAUAAGAAUUUGUUCUGAGGCAACAGAAUACUCACGUAACGAUCGACUCGAUCUGUUUGUCGAUAAUUCCGCGGAAGCCAUCUUGGCGAAAAUCGAAAAAAAAAAAAAAAAAAAAAAACAGUGGCCUGAUAAAGGCCACGACAUUUAUCCUUCCUUUCGUAUUCCGGAUAAACAGAGUUUUUUUUAGAAUUAGCUACAACAAAUUGGACCAAUUGGUUGA